AUGAUUGGAAGAGUCAUAGUGGUGGCGUUUGACCCUCUGAAGCCUGUCACCCAGGACUAUAUCCGUGUUCAGGUGCUGUUCAAUGUGGCCAACCCGUUAAAGAUGUCCAGAGUUAUAAAUCGUAAGGGUGGAAAGACGGCGACCAUUCAUUUUGAUUAUGAGCAGCUGCAGAAGAGAUGUUUUACUUGUAAGCGUCUCAAUCAUGAAAAGAGCAUCUGUCCGAUUGAAAUCAGGAAACGUCAAGAGGAAUCUCAAGCUAGAAGAAACAGAGCUAAAGUAGCGUUACAGAAGGCCCCUGCUGCAACACUAAAUCUGGAGGAUCCUCUUUAUGGUGUUCUGGAAGAGUCUCAGGUUGGCUUGGAUCAGCUUUCAGGGAGACCAAGAAUCGCAAAAGAGGUUAUGGAUGAAAUGAGGAGGUAUAUGCUGGCUGAUACAGGGGAAGACAGAGCAAUCAAGGUGGAUAAAUUGAGAAGUACAGUCAAAGAGGCUGAAGCUGAUCCAAGAGCUCAACGUUCUGUUCUGCGUUUAGAAGCUGCCCCCAUGGUUACUUCUGAUUUAAACAAAGGAAAAGGGUUGGUAUUUGAUUACAGUGAGAAAAGUCAAAAGAAGGUCUCAUUUGAUUUAAAUGUCAAUCCCAACAAGCUUAUGGCGGGAGCGUUUAAAGCCUUCAAACCUCAGGUCACUCUUAGUGAGCCGGUGUUGGAGCUUGGUUUCUUCGACGACAGUAGUGAAGCCAGUGUGCAGAAUCCUUUCUUUGAUAGUUCAACGGUUUUCCGUGUAGGUUCCCCUGAGCCUAGAUCUUCCGGGACUAUCAAGAAGAGUAGUUAUGUGCGCAGGCGUCCUCCUAAAGGGUUAAGGAAUAAGUUAUCUUCAGGUAUGAUGGUACAACAAUUUGAUGAUGGUGAAGACAGAAGAGAGGGUAAGCAGGAAAUGGGUAGUAGAAAGAGGAAGAAAGUGGUGCAAGAAUUGGGUGGAAGGUCAAACAAUAAGGCGCAAUGCCUUAAGGCGAUCCCAAGUGAGGGAUCGCCCAACGCCCAAUGA